AUGAUUAUACCUAUGUGCUACGUCACUUGUGGCAAGAUGGCAGGCAACAAGUAGGAGGCCUAGCUGGGGUUGCUGCGGGUCUUGGAGACUGAGGGCGCCCUGGACUCACUGGGCCAGUGCUGCACGCUACUGUCUCACGCUGAACUGAUGGAGAAGCUGCUCAAUUCUGCGUCCCUGGAGAAGUAA